AUGAGUAGUAGUGAUGAAAUCUCUUGGAUAUCAUGGUUCUGUGGCCUACGUGGAAAUGAGUUCUUUUGUGAAGUAGAGGAGGAUUACAUCCAAGAUCGAUUCAACCUUACCGGUUUAUCAGAGCAAGUUCCUGAAUACCGUGAUGCUCUCGAUAUGAUACUUGAUUUGGAAACUGACCCUUCUGAUAAUCCAGAAAUACCGAUCUCAUUGAACAAGCAGCUGAAAUGCUUUAUGGACUAA